UAUUUUGCCUUCAGAAGCGUGUAACUACAGUUUGGUCAGACAUCGGUUGCACGAAGCGCUACUUUAGAUACAAGCUAGCAAGGUCUUCUGUACUAUAGAUAGCAUCUAAGAGAAGCUAGGAAACAACCUGUAUUUGAGUACUUUGUGACUUGCUGAUCUCCGAUAGUGAUAAAAGCCUCCUUCUCAAAUCCCUAGAACACUCUCUUCGAAUUGCAGUGUAGCGUGCCACCAAUGUUCAGCUUCUUUCAAUUGUGCUAGAAGACCCUUAGAGGAGUUGCACAGUUCUUUUUUUUUCCGAGACUUUAGCCUACAAUUAAUCUUAUCUGAUAUUUGGACCACGCAAACAGAGGGGGAAAUUGGCGAUAUUUCCUAGUUGUUGGUAAAGAGAUUCUUCUACGCGGAGCUUAAAGCUUCCGUAAGUUUAAAGUUUAUAUACACCUGAGGCCUGAGACUGUGACUGUUGGACGUAAUAGCUGAAGUUAAGUGUCGUAAGACUUGGACGGCUUGCUUUGUACGUGAAGAUAACGUACCAGAGGAAGACUAUAAACUAUUUUAAGCAGUGCACAUUACAUUAGCUUGCCCUGGAGUUUUUUAGCUUAAGCAUUAUUGCGGACCUGAAAGACUGUAUUCAGAACAUAUAAGGGAAAGCGUUUAUAAAAGAAAAGUUUCAGUUAAAAUCUUAUCUUGCUUGUAUCAGUCUGUGUGGCUAUGUACAGAUAUUUCUACAACUCUGGUUUAUGUUUCUCGAAGUCCUUCAAAGUUUGAAUCACUGACUUGGGAAGGAGCAAACAAGAGAACACCGAAAAUGUGGAGACUUUCAGUUUGGCAAAGCGUUAUCCUAUUUUUUCUUAUUUCACCAGUUCUAGUGACCAGUCGCAAAGGAGUUUCCAUCCCGAAUUUUUCCUUACGGCCCCCACUUUUAGAGAGAGACGAAUACGAAACCACCUACGCCUGUGAAGGUAGACAUUUAAGAAUAUCAUGUACUGGUGGUAAACAAAUUCGAUUAGUUAGGGCGAAUUAUGGAAGAUUCAGUAUGAGUAUAUGUAACGACAAAGGAGUCGUUGACUGGAGCGUCAGCUGCAUGUCGUACUGGUCGUUCCCCAUUAUGAAAGACAGGUGUAGCCAAAAGUCCAGCUGCAGUAUCCACGUUUCCAGUGAAACAUUUGAAGACGAUCCAUGUCCAGGGACAGUCAAGUAUUUGGAGGUUCAAUAUCAUUGUAUACCUCCUAACUCCCACAGUGGCUCGAUCGGAGCAGAAGAAUCGAUUGUACCUGUUGUUACGACGCCGAUAUUUCCACAACCUAACAACACUUAUUUCAAACCAGGAGACGCAAAUAUCAGGUCAGAAAAAAAUAACACGACAAAUAGGGUCAACAUCGUUGGGAGGGAUCAUGAGCCUUCACCACUUCCUAGCUCGACAUCUUCAAGUGUUAGUCGGACAUUAGCCAGUGUAAGAAAGACAACGACAUCAACAACUUCCACCACUACAACAUCAUCAACAAGUACAACCACGAUUACAAGCAUUCCGUUUUUACCUCCUUACUUCAAAAGUAAUGUUUUUGAAGACUACAAUGACGAGAGUGAUUUGAAAAAGCCAACAUCAGUGAUUUCUUCUCCAAUACCAUUCACUCCACAUAAAAUGUGUCCGCCCAUUUACUCCAGAGAUCUAAGAUGGAACUGGACCCGCGCUGGAGAAAUAGCUGUCCAGAAGUGUCCUGGUGGAGCCACUGGGCUAGCAAGAUGGAAAUGUGACGAGGAAACAGUCAGCUGGACACCGGAUCAACCAAAUCUGAAUGAAUGUAAAUCAAUUUGGGUAGACAACCUACGAGAACGAAUGCAAGGAGGAGACUCCAUAACGAGUAUUACAUCAGAAAUGGCCCUUAUGACGUUGUCUAAAGUGUUGUUCAGUAAAGACGUAUCCCAUGUGGUGACCAUCAUAAAACAGACAUUGUCGCGGGCGGUGGACAGUAUGGAGAACUUUCUGGAUAUGUGGCAUCGACGCCAGGUGUUUAAAGAACUUCUAGAGUCAAUUGUAGAAACGGUCAGCAAUCUACUUGGUGACAAGCAGAAUGAAGCCUGGAAGGAUUUGACAUCAUCAGAAUGUAGACAAGUGACGUCAGACCUACUUCAAGGAUUAGAAGAAGGAGCUCUGCUGUUGUCAGAGUCGUUAACUCAAGAAAGUAGCUUCAUAAUGGCCAAGACAAAUGUUUUAAUGCUGGUCGAGGCUGUAGACGUCAGGAAAACACAAAACCUAGUGUUUCCUUUACCAACCCAGGUCCCGGGUUCGAGCUGGGUUAGGGUCGAGGAUUCGCUGCUUCUUCCAACUCAGUCCUUGGUGGAAUAUUCUAAUCAUGGACUAGCCCGUGUAGUCCUUCGUCUUUACAAUAAAGUUGAUGAACUACUAAGACCAGAUGCCAAUUUCCACUCUCACGUGACUCGAGGGCAAGAUAUUACUAAUGGUACAUGGGUCAUCAAUUCUCGAGUUGUUGCCGCGUCCGUGGGAAGAAGAAGGUUUGUGCGUUUGUUGGAACCAGUGCAGAUCACCUUCAAACAUCUCCAGGAGGAAAAUGUUACUAACCCACAAUGUGUGUUUUGGGACAUUAAAGUAAGAGAAUGGUCUGGAGAAGGGUGCUGGACAGUGGCGUCGAAUAGUUCUCAUACAACAUGUGCAUGUAACCACUUCACGAACUUUGCUUUAAUAAUGGAAGUGAAGCAUAUUCAGUCACCAUCAGCCAAAACGUUGACUCUUCAACUAGUGACGUCAUUAGGCUGUGCUAUAUGCGUGAUAUUUCUUCUGUUAACGGCCGUAUCCUUGUAUGUGUUACGGGGACCCCAAACUGACCGAACUACGAUCCACAAAAAUCUUUGCUUGUGCCUCCUGGUGGCAGAGCUAGUCUUUGCAGCAGGCAUUAACCAGACUCAUCUUCAGGCUCUAUGUGGCCUGGUUGCCGGGUUGCUUCAUUAUUUGUUUCUGGUCGUAUUUGUCUGGAUGUUUUUAGACGGAUUUCAUCUGUACGUGUUAUUAGUGGAAGUUUAUGAUUCAGAAAAAACCCGGGCUCGUUGGUAUUACGCUAUGGCGUACAGUGUACCAAUAGUUAUUGUUGCUGUCUCUGCAAUAAUUGAUCCCCAGAGCUACGGGACCAGCGAGUAUUGUUGGCUACGAUCUGAUAAUUACUUCAUCUUCAGCUUUGUUGGGCCGGCAGUAGGCAUUCUUUUUGGCUCGACUGUGUUCCUGUGUAUAGCAACUUGCAUUAUGUGUCACCAAACCAGCAUUUCUACUGUCGUUAAAGGCAAAGAAGAAGCAAAGCUGACCAAUAUAAAGGUGUGGAUACGAUGGGCUAUUGUCAUACUAUGUUUGUUAGGCCUAACAUGGACGGCGGGUCUUCUCUAUGUCAACGAAGGAACAGAUUUCCUGGCUUAUAUCUUUACCGUCUUAAACUGCAUCUUAGGCCUAUUUGUUUUUGUGUUUUACUGUCUGCAGAAUGAACAUGUGAAAGAAGAUCUGUCAAAGUUCAUGCAGCGAUAUGAAUGGCUACCCAAAUGCUUUCUUCCCGCAACUCCAAAUGAGCAGUCGAGGAACGAAAUUCCAGGGAGAGUUACCAUGCCAACCAACUUACCACCAAGCCAACAUAGUGUCCCACAACAUCUCAGGAAUACUCAAGUACAGAACUGUUUUAUUUCCCCAAAAUUCACCAUACAAGAUCACCUAUCUACAUCAAUAGUGGUCAACCAAGAUGACACUCUUCAGACUCCUGUACCAGUUAUAGGGUCCUUGAGAAGGAAAGGACACAGAGACAAUGGUAGAGCAUCUCAUAUUGGAAUCUUAUCAAGCGUAUCAAGAGCUAGCUCCCCUGGUCAUUAUGGGUUUGAAGCCAACCAUCAUCAAAGUGGUAGUGGUCAUCAGCUGUUUCAAGUUGUUCCUUGUAACAGAAAGCCGGCCUACGCCCCUUACUCUGAUUCAUCAGGUGUCUACAGUGUAUUUGCUGAUCAUAUCUACGAAUCUAUUGAAGAUGACACUAGAGGGCGUUCUAACAACAGUGAGUAUGGCCGUCGGCAGUCCUUGACCAAACAGUCUCCUCCAGCAGAAAAUUAUUAUGGUGACCAUUCUGAUCUUAGCCAGCAUUCCUCGUCUAGUGGAUAUGACCAGCGACCUCUACUGGUAACAUCAACUUCAGAAAAACCUCAUCCAACAACAUCAAACCAAUUGGUGUACGGAUUUCAUCUUACUCACGAUAAUUAUUCACUAGCUUCUACUCCUGAGUUGUCACGGCAGCCAAAAGUGGACAAAAUCCAUGGUAGUACCCAAAGAAGCUCGAACUGUGAUAGGAUUCCAAAUGUUCACAUGUUUAACACAGCUUCACCAAAACUGAACCAUGAGUUUAGUAUAGAAUCAUAUGGAAACCAGAACCAUUUGGCCACAGAGAUCGAUCCAGAGGACUGGUCGCCAGUUCUUCCAGACCUUCUCCGCUCCCCACCAGAUAAUGUUGUCAUGGCAGUUUUGGAUGGAGAAAAGGUAGUGAAUCGUCUUCAUGCGGACAUGGGAUUUGUAGAAGAUGCACGGAACCAAUCUCUUCACAAACGUAGCACAUAUUGUUAAAACAAGGAGCAAUGAAAUUAUUUUUUUGUAAUUAUUUUCUGCCAUUAGUGGUGCUGUGUGCGAAUAUUUCAUUUUGUCAGUUAAUACAGUAUGUAUACAUAAUGAAAAAAAAAAGAAAUUUCUGCUACAAGAGAAGCAACAUUGUUUUGAUUAUGGACGAGUGGGAUUCAAAGGAGAGUCUUCUUCUAGGGAACACCAACUAAAUUGAUGUAGGACUUUUAAAGUGCCCUAGUCUACAAUACUAGUCCAUCCACACCACAAGAAGGACUUAGGGGCAAAGGAGUAUCUAUCUUUCAACAUUGUACUCAUAACCUAAAACUCGUAACGAUAGGUUAUGUUAACCAGUCCUCAAAAUAUGAAGGGAAGAUAAGCGUGUCUAGAGUUAGGGCAUACGUUUAAAGUUCUGUUAAGUCUCUAACUUGAUAAGGACUAGAUGUGAUACAUUUUGUAUGUAGAUCAAAAUUUCAUUCUGUUUUGUAUAGUGAUUUGACCACUCAUAGAAAAGUGUGAAUUCUUAGAAUAUGUCAGCGCAUAUAAUGGGUCGUGGACAAGAUAGUUCAAUAUUAUUUAACAAUACAAUAGAGAUGAUAUUUUUCCUGAUCAUCUUCUUAGUACGAGCUAUUUGCGUAAUACAUUUCAAUGGCUUUAUGCUUCAGUAACUUUUGAUCUCGAGUUAAUCAGGAUUCAUCUGAGAAUUUAUGGAUCGCAAAUUUUUCGUGUUAUUUCCUAAAGAAAAACAACAUUGAAGGUUUUAGUAGUGUUCUUAAUUAUCGAAUAGCUGUACUUAAAACAUUAUUGUUUCCAUCAUAAUAUUGCUGCUUUUUGAGAAUGUAUGUUCAGGACCAAGAAAAGCAAACUUUGAAGAGGAAUUGUCAAAGCUAACCACGCGUGGCCGGAUUAGGAAAUGAUAUGACACACCUAAAGAAACUCGUGUUAAAACGCCAAUGCAAUGUUAACAUCCGAGCACGAGUCAUCCAACUGUGAUGUUAUUGAAAUGUUCCCAAAUUCCAAGUGCUCACGAAAGGUAUUUUGUCUGUAUCAAUUACUAAAUUAUCAAGGUAUACAUUAAUUAGCACGCUAUGAACAAGUUUUUCGGUAAGCGUAGUUGUUACAAUGAAACAAAUUCAUUGGUUUGCACUUGUUUCGAAUGCCGUAGGUACCUUAUUAUACUUGAUCUUCAAACUUAAUAAAAAGUACGGAAGCUAGAAGGGUGCACAGAAAAGAUGGACUGAAUUAAUAAAUAAAAUAUUAUUUAUGGAUUUUUUAAAUCCCUUUUUGGUAAAAAUGUUAAAUAGAUUUAACAUUCUAGUUAACAGUUUUAUUGAAAAUUUUAAAUACUGUAAUAUUUGUAGACGAAACCCUGAUUUUUCAAGUGUUAUGAAAUUAUUACGCGUCCUCAACAAAUAAGACUUCAUUGUAUAUGUAAAUAAGCUAAGUUAGCGUAAACAUUGAUACAAUACGUAAAGGUGCCAUGCUUUAAAUCGAAUUCAGCUAAGUCAAUACAUCAAAUAUCAAUGCUGUAUAGCCUUCGCUGCGUUUAAGUUGUUUUGUAAAAGUGGAUCAUGCUACUGUUACAAACUUCUGAAGAUUUGAUUUACUAAACGUUUCGCCUUAUAAGUAAAUGAGAUAAAAUAUAAGAGAAAACAUCUACCUGCAAACUAAAAGGAGGCUCAUUAAUCUUU